AUGGGUGCCUCCGCAAUGGCGACGCAGCGGCGCUGCACGGUCUCCGACUCGCAUACGGGUGCUUCCAUAGUCGUCGUGAACCCUGAAAAGGCAGCUCGUGAGCGCGAUCGCAUUGCUCGCGACCUACUCACCACCAACUUUCCAGAGCUGCAUGUCAACCAGCGCUCAGUGCUGUUGUACAAGGAUGUGGUGCACACCGUUCCGUACACGCUUUCCAUCGCUGUAGACGGCAGUGUCACUCGCCAAGAUGCAGAUCCUGUUGUGAAGGCCAUUCUGAGCAACUGCUUCACCAUGGUUGAUACGCACCUCAACUCCUUCAAUCCGGACAGCGAGGUGUCGAAGGUCAACAGGAUGCCGGUGGGCGAGAAGCACGUCAUGUCGGAGCAUCUCUGCAAGGUGGUCAAAUGCUGCGAAGAGAUCUACAACAUCAGCGGCAGCUGCUUCGACCCGGCCGCUGCACCGCUGGUGCACAGGCUUCGCAAUGCCGCUCGCCGGCAAGAUUCCACCGAGGCGGACUUCAUGAUCACAGCAGAGGUGGCGGGACGCUUCACCCUGACGAACAGCUUUGCCAUCAAUGUCAAGGAAGGCACGAUCGCACGCAAGCACGAAGACGCGAUGCUGGACCUGGGUGGUCUGAACAAGGGCUACACCGUCGACUGUGUGGUGGAUCAGCUGAAUGCAGCCAAUUUUUCUGACGUGCUGUUUGAGUGGGGCGGCGACUGUCGCGCCUCAGGUGUGAACGUACAGCGCCAGCCGUGGGCAGUCGGCGUUGUGCGUCCGCCAUCGGUCGACGAGGUCGUGGCGGCUUCCAAGUCCGGCAAGUCGGUAACGAUGAAUGCCCACAGUCUCGGGGAGCGCUCAGAUGAGCCGGCGCAGUCGGCGUCGGCCGCCGACGGGGCAGCCAAGCCUGGGCACAAGACGCUCCUACGCGUCAUGUCGCUCAGCAACGAGGCACUCUGCACGAGCGGCGACUACGAGAACGUCCUCUUCGUUAACGCACUUAACCGCGCUGUUUCGAGCACGUACGACUGGCGUCACCGUUGCCUCAUUGGACCCUCUCAGGGCGGCCUGGCCCAGGUUAGCGUCAAAUGCUAUUCCUGCCUCUAUGCCGACGCACUCGCCACUGCGAGCUUCGUGAAGCGCAACCCCGUGCCCAUACGGUACAUGCUCGAGCACUAUCGCCGUGAUUACAACCGCGUGACCGACUACACUGCCUACACGCGUGAGGGGGAGCGGCUGGCGCACAUGUACGAGAUCGCGUGCGAGAGCCCGGCCUGCCGGACAGAGCGCAUUGCAGGCUCACUGCCAGCGCGGGUAGUCGUGAUCGGCGGCGGUCUUGCCGGGUGUGCCGCUGCGAUUGAGGCAGCCAGCUGCGGUGCCACCGUGAUUCUCCUAGAGAAGGAAGCGCGACUGGGUGGCAACAGUGCCAAGGCCACGUCUGGCAUCAACGCCUGGGGCACCCGCACGCAGGCCGUGAAUCACGUUCUCGACAACUGCAAGUUCUUUGAACGUGACACGUUCCUCUCCGGUAAGGGUGGUCACUGCGACCCAGGGCUUGUGCGCACCCUCUCUGUAAAGUCUGCCGAGGCAAUUAGCUGGCUCGAGUCCUUCGGCAUUCCGCUAACCGCCCUCUACCAACUUGGUGGGGCGAGCCGCCCGCGCUGCCACCGCGCACCAGAUCAAAAGGACGGCUCCCCGGUGCCCAUUGGCUUCACAAUCAUGCGUCACCUGGAGAACUACAUCCACACCAAGCUGCAGGGAAAGGUGACCAUCUUGUGCGAAACGGCGGUGGUGAGCCUCCUACACGACGUGAGUGCGAUGCCGGACGGCAGCCGCGAGAUUCGCGUGCGCGGUGUCCGCUACAAGUCGACGAGCGAUGCGUCGGAGGCGGUGAUCGAUCUGCCGGCGGACGCCGUCGUGCUUGCCACCGGUGGCUUCUCAAACGAUCAGACGGUCAACUCGCUGCUGCGCGAGUACGCGCCAAACGUGUACGGCACCCCCACCACCAACGGCGCGUUCGCCACCGGCGAUGGCGUCAAGAUGGCACGCCAGCUUGGCGCCAGGCUGGUGGACAUGGACAAGGUGCAGCUGCACCCGACCGGUCUCAUUGACCCCAAGGAUCCGUCGAAUCGCACCAAAUACCUUGGCCCCGAGGCACUGCGCGGCUCCGGCGGUAUCCUACUGAAUCGCAACGGCGAGCGCUUUGUGAAUGAGCUGGACCUGCGCUCCGUCGUGUCGCAGGCAAUCAACGCGCAGGACGACGAGUACCCGAACUCGGGCGGCAGCAAGUUUGCGUACUGUGUGCUGAGCGAGGAGGCUGCCAAGCUGUUUGGCAAGAACGCCCUCACAUACUACUGGAAAUCGCAGGGCCUCUUCACCCGUGUUGACAACAUAAAGGCGCUCGCGGAGCUCAUCGGCUGCUCGGUUGACAACCUGCAUCGCACUCUCGAGACAUACGAGCACCAGAGCACCGCGAAGGUGGCCUGCCCGCUGACUGGCAAACUUGUGUUUCCGAGUGUGGUGGGCACCAGUGGCCCCUAUUACGUGGCGUACGUCACGCCGUCGAUUCACUACACCAUGGGCGGCUGCUCCAUCUCACCGGCGGCGGAGCUGCUCAUGGAGGAUCACUCCGUCAACAUCUUCGAAGACAUGCGCCCUAUUCUUGGCCUCUUCGGCGCUGGCGAGGUGACUGGCGGCGUGCACGGCCGCAACCGUCUCGGCGGCAACUCUCUUUUGGAGUGCGUCGUUUUCGGCAAGAUCGCUGGCGACCGCGCGGCUACAAUUCUGCAGAAGGAGAAGUACGGGCUCAGCAAGGACAAGUGGGUGCCGGUGGUGGUGCGGGAGACGAGGGCAAGUGACCAGUUCGGUGUCGGCUCGCGCGUGCUGCACUUCAACCUGCCCGGUGCGACACAAACAUCCGGACUGACCGUCGGCGAGUUCAUCAGCAUCCGCGGUGACUGGGACGGCCAGCAUCUGAUCGGCUACUACAGCCCCAUCAGCAUGCCCGAUGACAAGGGCCGCAUCUCAAUUCUGGCACGUGGUGACAAGGGCAACCUGCAGGAAUGGGUCUCGUCCAUGCGUCCUGGCGACUCAGUCGAGAUGAAGGCCUGCGGCGGCCUCCGUAUCGAGCUCAAGCCUCAGCAGAAGCAGAUGAUCUACCGCAAGACGGUCAUCCGAAAACUGGCCCUCAUCGCCGGUGGCUCCGGUGUGGCACCGAUGCUGCAGAUUAUCAAGGCCGCGCUCAGUCGCCCCUAUGUGGACAGCAUAGAGACGAUCCGUCUAGUGUACGCCGCCGAGGACGAGUAUGAACUGACCUACCGCUCAUUGUUGAAGAAGUACCGCACCGACAACACGGAGAAGUUCGACUGCGACUUCGUGCUCAACAACCCUCCCGAAGGUUGGACGGAGGGUGUGGGCUACGUCGACCGCGCCACGCUGCAGAGCUUUCUCCCGCCUCCGUCGAAGGGCCUGCUGGUAGCCAUUUGCGGCCCACCGGUGAUGCAGCACUCCGUUGUGGCGGACCUGCUGGCACUAGGCUAUAGCGCCGAGACGGUGCGCACGAUAGAUGAGGAUCGCAUGCUCUAG